AUGUCCGUCGAUAUAGAUGCCAUACUAAAAAUGUGGAACGUCGGGGAUGUCGAGGAGAUCGACAACCCUCCGCCGGUGUCCAUCAGGCCGCGAGGCCACCUGUCCGCCCCUUGGCACGGAGGAGACGAUGACCCCGUCAGCGGAUGGGAACCGUCGUUGCAGGCGCUCGCCGCGGCGCUCGACCGCACACACUGCAACGAGCAAUGGAAGCUCGCGUUCGCUCAUCUGAGGGCAGCGCCCCGUCGCAACUUCGCGUUCGUGCGUGCGUCGUGCUAUUCCAAGUUCGUCGAGGUGUUGGACGACCUCACGGAUGUUGAGCUGUUUGAGCAGGAGGAGCGAGACCUACUGGUGGAUGUGUUCAGGCAGAGGAUGGCGGCGCACGAGACGGAUCACGUGCCAAUGAUCCUCGACGUAACCUUCAGGAGUAAACCGGUAGCGGACAAGCAGCGGAACAGGGAAGCGGGUAAAGAGUCGGAGCUGAUGGAUCCACCGACGAGGGCUGAGAUGUUCCAGGCGCUGCGUCUGCUGCGUGGACUGUGGCUGCACUCGCCAAGGAGCUGCGAGGCUGCGGGGAAGGCCGGAGCUGUGGAGGCCCUACUACACAGCUUCAUCAAGGGCGUUCCCGAUCCCACGGAGAAUACGCUCGCUUGGCAGAUGGCGAGGGCGCUCGAGGAUUGGAAGCGACAGGUGGAGCAGGCGGAAAUUGACGGGACGCUUGAGGAUAUGAAGAAAAAAGCAAAGGAGAAGAAACCGGGCCCUCCAUUCAGGAUAUCUUGUCCGGGUGGUUUCGACGAGCAUGGCAGACCGGUAGGCAACGAACUGUUGUUCGAGUUCGACUUCGACGAUCCCGAGGUGGAGUACGGGCAGCCCGACGAGGACGAGGUGCGACUGGAGACACUGGAGGCACUCCUCGCUUUGUUAUCGGGGCCAGACCAAGAGUGCCGAAGGCAGUUCAUGAAGCUAGGUGGUGUUGCGUCGGUGGCCGAGUUCCUCGUGCCGUGGCUAUCGGAGAAUGGCGGCGAGGAUGAACCCAGUGAGCUGGUGCAGAGGUGUAUAGUCUUCGUGGGUGUUCUGAUCAGGCACGCACUUCCCGGAGACGGUGACAAGACAGACAGGGAUGACAAGGAUGAAGGUAAACAGAUGGCGGAACUGGCGGAGGCAACGCUGCGUGAAAUAAUCGGGCCGGAUGCGACGGAGGAAAUUCUCGCUGCCGCUGAAGAACUCUAUCCCGGCUUCGACAAAACCUUUGGGGAGGAUUCACCUCGUGCAGGUGUUGACGUGGCAGAACUUGAGUCUGAGUCGUUUGCACAGUCGAUGAUGGAGCAGAGUCUCGAAGCAUUGAAAGCUUCUGGGAUUGACACAGAGGCGGUCGAAGAACUCAUCGCGGGAUUCAAGCUGAAUCAAUCAUCCGAGGGCGGCGAUGGGACAGCUGAAGAACAAUGA